AUGGCAGAGUAUGAAUCUUGUAUUCUCAGACUUAGAAUGGCCAUAGACAUAUACGUCAAAGAGCUUUUGGUCAUAGGCGAUUCUGACUUAUUGAUUCAUCAGGUGCAAGGAGAAUGGGCUACUAAGAAUGUGAAGAUCCUUCCUUAUUUGCAUUGCAUAAAGGAGUUGAGUAGGAGAUUCACAAGGAUUGAAUUCAAACAUGUCCCUCAAUCUCAAAAUGAAUUUGUCGAUGCUUUGGUGACAAUAUCCUCAAUGAUUCAGCAUCCAGACAAGACUUACAUCGACCCUAUUGAAGUAAAAUUACAUGAUAGACAUGUGUAUUGUUUUCAUGUUGUUGAGGAAGUGGAUGGAAGACCAUGGUACUAUGACAUCAAGAGAUUGAUAGAGGCACAAGAAUACCCCAAAAAUUCCAUGAGCAAGUAG